AGGUCACCCAAGGUAAUGUUGCAUUUUUGAACUGGUGUCAUAUUAGUUUUAACCUUCAUUGUGUCCCAUAGUUCAUUUCUGUAAAACUCUUCCCGCUCCCUGACUUCCCUGAACAAGUGAUUAAGUUAAGUUUUGUUUGCACAAUUUUCCUACGUUUCAACAAUAUCUAACCACGUGUCGUAGUCGUAAAUACAAAAAAAGGUUUGAACCCACGAAUCGCAGGUCUUCUUGUAUCCGUGGCUGAAGUAGCAACUUCCUCCUUCUACAUACCAGCUGCACUGCAUGGGUGUUUUGCUGCUGAACAGUUCCUGUUCUCUACUUCCUCUACUUCAAUCCAUGACCAUGUGAGUUAUUUCAUGGGGAGGUUCUGUUGCAAUUUGGGGAGAAUUGUGUUUUCCCAAAAUCUUGCACUGUGUGUUAUAAGAGUUCUUGAAGUUGCAAGUGAAGGUGACUCUGGACUCUAGAAAGCAUGGAGACAUCAGUAGACCAGAUGAAGGACCAAGUCUCAUACACCCAGAGUAACCCUCUGUUUGAUAUGUCACUCAGCAGGAGUGAUCUCUACAGAUUCCAGCCUGAUGAUCUGAAGCCAGCAAAGCCCAGAAGACAGUGGUGUUUUAAUGUGAUUAUUGUUUACCUCAUCUUGCAGACCGCCCUUAAUGCCUUUCUCAUUUAUAAAGUUUUCACAUUGGAGUCUUCAAUGUCUAACCCCAGGAUGGAGACGCUGACAUCCAAUCACAUUUCUUUUGGUGGAGAACAGGUUGAUGACAACCUCCAAAUUCUCCUCCUCAACAACAGUCAAGAAACCAAGACCCUCAGAGGCCACAUAUGGGCCCUCAAGAGCCAGGUCAACAGUCUGUGUGGAGAGGAAGGUCAGCUGGAGAAACUGAGGUCUGACCUACGCCUGCUUAACGCCAGCACCCACAACCUGGAAGACAAACUGACAACCAUCUACCCCAGCCCAG